GAACAGCUCGUCUUGGCGGAACCUGACCCGGACGGCAGCAAAACUCGGACCUCCGAUACCGAUGAUCUGGAUCGACCUUACAAAGACCAAUCCCGCUCCCGCCCACUGCUCCAGUCCCCUCCCCCCCCCCCCCCCCCCCCCCCCCCCUCCUACACCCCUGUCCCGCGGGCCCGCCACGCGUUGGAGGCGGCACCGACUUGAGGCAGUUCUUGCGUGAAAUCUGGUCAGUUUGAUUCUUGUUGUAAAUGUAAAAAGCUUUGCGGUGAAUGCAUUGAACGGUUCCAGACCUUCAGUGUUAUCUUUUUGUAAAUGGACGAUUCCUGUAUUUAUUGAACUCGUGUAAUGUUCUAUCAUUGUUCUGGAACAUUCUUUGACUUUUUUUUUGCUCAUUUUUACUCUUUACUUCAAACGAGGAAAAUAUUCCCUUUUUAUAUCAGCCGCGCACCUCAUUGUCCAUUUUUUGUUCAUUUUAAUUGUGCCAUGCGCGUUUCCAGGCCGCGGCGGAGACAGAGACGCCGGCGGUGAAUCGUCCGCCUUUGGGAAGGGUCGUGACAGCUGCCGGGCAAACGCUUCUCACCGGAGACCGGGUCUUCACACGCUCGCGGUCGGCGACGUAACGGAGCUUGAGUGACCGCCCGCCGUGGUCGCGAUGGAGCUGCUAAAACCAUACCUGGGCCUGAUGGCUUUCUUCUACCUGCCCACGCUGUUCUUUGACGAGGAGUUCAGCGUCAGCAUCAGCUCGAUGAUCGGCAUCUUCUCCUGCGGCAUCAGGCAGGUGUUCGCCGUGACGACCAAGAAGGCCGAGGUCUUCCUGCGACAGCCCCGCCCGGGGUCAUCCGCCAGCAGGUUCAAAGAUGUUAAGAAAAAAUCGCAAAGGACAUUUAAGAAGCUGAUUGAAUCCCCGACGCAGACGCCGUACUUCGUGUGUAUCCCCAUGUACUGGGGGCUGCUGCUCAUUACACCCCUGCUGCCCAAGUGCCUGAAGAUUCCCUGGGUUCUGCACUGCUCCCUCGAUCAGUUCAUCGUCCUCUUCAGCUGGUGGAGAUGCUACCGGAACUUUCACCGCCGCGGUCUCCGGGACGAGGAAACGUUCGACCAGACCGACAACAAAUACCUAUUGGUUGAAGACUUUGUAUGGAAACAGCAACUUGAGGAGGAAUGCUUCAACCUCAGGCAGCUGACAGAGAUGGAAAUAACGCUCUACAGUAUCGAGUCCCCACACAUUGUUCACAGCUACAUGGACAUUGAGGAAGGGGCUGAGCGUUUAAUCAGGGCCCGUAAGGCAGCUGUCCUCCAGGAGCUGAGGGAGAAGCUGGCCAAGCAGAUGACCAAGAUACAGGGCCUGACGAAACAAUGUGCACAGACUGUCGGCCAGAACCAACCGUCAUCCUUCAAGCCUUGACAGAUACCGAAAAUGUCAAUAAAGAUCAUAUCGUCUGA